UUGAUAAACAUAUCGUUAUUUCAUUCAUCUCUAGUAUAUUAGAUGUAUUGGACGUUAGCAAAUAUCAAGAAGAUAUCAGCAGUGUUUUCAUAAAAACAAAAUAAAGUUUUAUUUAUUAAUAUAUCUAUAUAUAAGUGCAAAAUGAGAAUUUGCGGUUUACAUAAUAGAACAACAUCACCAAAUGCUGGAGGCAGGGCCUCUGCAAUAGAAUCAUUUUUCCAACCACAAUUUAGAACACAAUUCGCCGAUGAGGUGAAGCAAAAGCAGGCAAUCUCGGAUCAUCUGAUAAAUAAAAUACUCUUCUCCAAACGAUUACUUGUUGAUCAUGUGGAGGCUUUAGAACAAUGUUUGCGUCAUGUAAAACAGCCGGUAGUGUCACCGGACCAAACGGACACGAGUGGUACUGCUGCCACUUCGAGUGCCACAGAGAGGAUUGCCUAUGCACAAACAAAUACUGAAAUCUUUACAGCGCGAAAUACUUGUAUAUUAUUAGGCACCACAAUAUUGGAACACUUCGUUACACCGAAAUGGUUACGUUUGACAUUGGUCCCAUCGUUACUCUUGACGACCGGCUUUAGUGCUGUUUAUAUGAUUAAAAAUAUAUUUAUAUUUCGUAAUAAAAUUGUCGAAGGUGAAUUGGACAGUUUGAUUCGCACAAUUGAUGAGUUUGGUAAUUGCAUUCGACGCAAUAUGACGUAUUUCAAUGAAAUACUCAUAAUGAAGCAACAAGAGCUGAUAGAAUCUCGCCAGAUAGAACGUGCUUGGGACUGUAUUACAUCCGCAAAGGAGGUUACAGAAAUAUUGUAUGAUGCAACACGAAAGUUGGAAGCGCAGUAUCCACUACCGGCACGAUUCGCACAGUAUUACUCGCCAAUGGAGGAAUUGCGGGAAUGUGAAUAUUUCAAGAACAACGUAACGGAUUACAGUCCGAAGCACAUCAAAGACUUUCACAACAUUUUUGCAUAUGUGCAAUCACAAUUUUUGCUACGACUUGCCUUGACGAUCUCAACAAAGCCGUCAAUCAGCGAGCUGAAUGCCGAGUUAGUUAAGAUUGAUUGUCUAAUUCGACAACUGGUGCAGGAAGAAGAAAAUCAUUUCCGAAAUUUGGCUAUAGAGCUUAAUAAAAGGAAACAACUAGAAUUAGAGGCAUUAAAUGCCACAAAAGCUAUGCAAAAUCGAUCCAGUCCCGUCGCAGUGCUGCAAGAUUCUUCGCUCAAAUUAAGUGCUUGCAUGGUUGCCGUAGCCGGAGAAUGCCAAGCACUAGAUAUUACAUUGCAACGUCUCACGGAGACUGAAGCUGAACAGAAGGAUAAUGCCAAGCAUCUACUUCAAGUUGCAAAUAAUAUGCGAGCCAUCGAGAGCGCAUUAUCUGUAUGCUUUGACGACUUUCAGCGUCUCAUGUUGGUCUACAAUAAAUUCUUGAAUAGCAACUUAGAUAAUCAAGAGCAUCCAACUGCAGCAGAAAAUGAAAGCAGUGCAGCCAAUAAUGAUGAGUUCCCUGAAAGUUUUUUGCGCGUAGAAAUUUCACAAAAUCAUAAUGAUUCAAACAAUCGCGAUGAUUUCUAUGCAUACAUGUACGAUGAACAACAGGCGCAGGCCGAGCGAGAACAGCAAGAAGCAGAUGUUAGAGCACAGAGUAGCACUGAUCGUGAUAUGGAAAUCUUAAAUUUCGAAAAACGCAUCACUAAGGGCAAAUUUCGGCCGGUACUAAAACAAUUGAAAGAUCGUAUCGACCCAAUACGUAAUGAAAUGCUAGAGAAAGAACGUCAAGUGCUGGCAGCGAAAGGUAUUAAUGUUGAUGAUUUCUUUGGCAAAGAAGAAAAUACAAGAACUAUAGAGGGCGUUAAGUCACAGAACAAUGCAAGUAGUAUUGUUGCUGAACAUAAUGACGAUGGCGCUAGCGAUAGUGAGGGUUCAGCUGAUUUGGAAUUGCAGAGAACCAAUAAAAAAUUAAAGGAUCGUGAUAAUUUUGCUGAAAUGCGUAACUUUUUGGCACAAAAGCAAGCUAUCAAUAUAUUCAAAUUAGAUGCCACAGCGCCAAUAACUACAACGGGCGAUGAGGAAAUAUUAGAAAGUGAAUGUUAAAGCGAUGCGCUGUGUUUAAAUAUUCAAAUUGUGGUGAAGGUUAAAUGACUUCUCUGACUUCUAUAAUAAUUGAAAGUCUACGACAGCGGUUAGGUUAGGAUACAAUUUGUUAUGCAUUUUUAUUAGCAAACAUUUCUAAUUUUAUUGUUAUUUUUGUUAUUAUUUGCAUGCAUUAAUUGAUGUGUUUGUAUAAAUACAUAUGUGUUUCUAAUGCAUGUAAUUAACGUUAGGCUUUCUCGACUGUAACAGAUAGGCUUUUAAAACACAAGAGAAAGGCGUCAAGCAUACAUAUGUGUGACCUAAAUGUAUCUAAUAAAAUGAAGUUUUGUCUAGGUAAUCGUACUUUAACGAGUUCUAAGAUGAAAACUUUAAAUAGAAAUUUUAAUUUUAAAUCUAAAUAUUUAUACCUUGUAUAUGUAUUUAAACAUACAAAACGUUAUAAACUAUGAAUUUGACUCAGAUUUAAGAUUUACUGAUGUUUACGCAGCCUUCAUAGCACAAUUUUACAGUACUUUAUUUUUUAUAUUGCAUAUAUUUACUGAUGCAUAUACAUUUAUACGCUGAUAUAUACGUUAUAUAAUAUAUACGAAUUUGCAAACCCUAAUUUUUGCUGCACUUUGUCAUACCUCUCCGCCCAAUGUGCUUUUAUCUGUGACAUGAUAAGAUUAGCCUUAAACUUUACUUUAUACUUUAAUCGUUUGUGUUUCGUUUUUCUUUUUCUCUUAAGGUUCCAUUUUUCAUUGCAAUUAUAAGCAAACAAAAAAAGCAUAUAUCCAUACAGGCAUACAUGCAUAUGUAGGUUUAUACAAUUAAAGCUCCAAACUACUAGACGGCGCUCUUUCACGAAUCACAAAGUGAUAACGGUUUAUCAAGUUGAUUUUAAUGUUCUCAUUUGUUUUAAUUCUAGGAUUGUUAAAUUUGAAUACGGAAUCAUUAUAAAAAUAAAAAUAAUAAUCAAAUAAAUUCUUUUACUCGGUAAAUUUAUUUAUUGUAUUUAAUUUUCUAACAAAUUGUAAAUAACAUUAGAACGUUUACAACAUUUCAUUUGAAGUUAAAAAAAUUGUUAAAAAAAAGUCAAAUUUGAUUUUCUUAUAACUAGUGUUUUAAUAUUAAGUACACACAUAAAUACGUAUAUUCAUAAAAAAACAUGGCAAUUACAAUACUUCUCUUGAGCGUCUUUUAAUUUAAAAUACUAUAUAUAUAACGCUAAUAUAAAUAAUAAAAUAAAUACAUACAUAAUUAUUUUCAAAACGAUCAAAUUGUAGUUUUUCCGAUCUCGUUUAUUUUUACAUACAUACGUACGUCUGUUGUAUAACAUCUUUGGUAAAAUAAAUCGCUACCUAAGUUUUCUGAUGGUCCGAAAAGCAGCUGAUAAUGCGUUGGACAUUCUUAUGAAACAUUUCUUAUAAAUAAAAACAAAUAUUCUUGUGAAUAUAAACAA